AUGGAUAGGUGGUGUGGAAAAGAAGCUUUGGAAAUGUCAACUUUCACUGUCAUUGCAGUCGCCAAGCCAGCUCGCCGGAUAUCAUCCGAAGCGUUAACCAGCCUACAUGUAUGCUGCUCCUUCCUCCGUCUCCUCACUAAUUUCUUGGAGUUCGCACGAGGUGAUUGA